AUGCCAAGUUGUCAUCAUUCUCGGGUGGUUAUCGCUCUUGUUUUCCGCAAACACUGCGCAUGCGCACAGCGAUUCUUUCUCUUUCCGGUUGACAUACACCAUGGCGGACGAAGAUUUGGCAGAGAAGAAGAAGAAGCGUACUUUCCGCAAGUUCACCUAUCGUGGUGUAGACCUCGACCAGUUGCUCGACAUGAGCAGGUGGUGAAAACCCAUCUGCGUGACAUGAUAAUUGUACCAGAGAUGAUUGGCAGCAUUGUUGGUGUUUACAAUGGUAAAACCUUCAAUCAGGUGGAAAUCAAGCCUGAGAUGAUUGGCCACUACCUUGGAGAAUUUUCUAUCACCUACAAGCCAGUCAAGCAUGGUCGUCCAGGUAUUGGUGCCACCCACUCAUCCAGAUUCAUCCCUUUGAAAUAAACUUCUCUGUGUCUUGCAGUAAAGCGUUAAAAGAAAA